ACGUCAAGGGGCGGGGCGGCGGGCGCGGCGCGGGUUGAGCCCUGCCGGCCGCCGUCGGGCGGCUGCCGCCAUGGAGUUCCCGGACCUGGGUGCGCACUGCUCCGAGCCGGCCUGCAAGCGCCUGGACUUCCUGCCGCUGAAGUGCGACGCCUGCGAGCAGAUCUUCUGCACCGACCACGUCGCUUACGCCCAGCACCGCUGCACCUCCGCCUACAAGAAGGAUGUGCAGGUCCCUGUGUGUCCUCUCUGCAACACCCCGGUCCCCGUGAGGCGGGGGGAGAUGCCCGAUGUCGUGGUGGGGGAGCACAUCGACCGUGACUGCAAGUCUGACCCUGCACAGCGCAAGCGCAAGAUCUUCACCAACAAGUGUCUGAAGCCCGGCUGCAAGCAGAAGGAGAUGAUGAAGGUGAUCUGUGACCAGUGCUACAAGAACUACUGCCUCAAGCACCGGCAUCCCCUGGACCACAACUGCAGCGGAGCAGGGCGUCCCCUCUCCAAAGCUGGACACGCUGCAGUUGCAAGAGCCGAGGCAUCCUCUUCCAAAGCAGUCACUGCGUCAAGCAGCGGAGCUCCCCGGCCAGCGGACAGCCCCUCUGCUCCAGCCUCUGCUAGAGGAGGCAGAGCAGCUGGGUCCCCGACUUGCAGCACCUCCACUCCGGCUGUCAUGCUGCAGAACGGACUGAGUGAGGAAGAGGCGCUGCAGCGAGCUCUGGAGAUGUCCCUGGCAGAGUCAGCACACAACUCUGCGCAGCUGCCCAGCAGCACACAGGAAGAGGAAGAUCUGGCGCUGGCCCAGGCACUGUCAGCAAGCGAAGCGGAGUACCAACAACUACAGCGGCAGACGCAUGGUUCAAAGCCAUCAAACUGCAGCGUGUCCUAGGCCUGCAAGGCAGGGUGUGCCAGCGGAUGUGGGAGCCUGCGUGUGACCCAAGUUGGAUGCUGUGGGGUUCUGGCCUGGAUACUGAUAACAAGAGCCCUUUGCCAGGGACAAAUGAUCUCUCUGGGGACUGUAAGGAAGCUACCAAACACACCCUGACAUCACAGCCCUGUGGAAAAUCGGUGCAGCAAAUUGCUGACGCUCCUGGAGAGGCAGAGACUAUGUGGGAUGAGGCCCAGCACAGACUGACCAAAGCAAGCAGCAUCUCAUAGUGUGCACUUAUGGCCACAGCAGCUGUGGGCUGUCCCAGGGCUGCGGUGCCGUUGGGAUUGUGUGCUGUGGAUGGAAGUGAGGGCACAGCUAGCCUGGAGGGGAGGAGUUGCAUGGGGACACUUCUGUGUGCUUGAAUGUACAGCUGGGAUGUGGCUGCCCGCUGCAGUAACGGGCCUGGAUUUCAUGCUCCAGGGAGGGCCCAGCUAACCUCUCAGCAGACAGCAGUGGUGGCACAGGCAUAGCACAGCUGAAUCUGCGGCUGGUGGGUAGUGCCCUUCCCUGCUCCCCAUGUCCUCGGUGCCUCCCCUGCUGUUUGCAUGCGCAAGAGCACAUUGGGCCUUACCCAGCUCAGCUUGCGCCACCCAUAUUUGCACAGGGCCAGGACCUCUCUGAGACUGAACGGAGGCAUGUUUCCUUUCUGGUUUAAUUUAACAAGGACUGUUAACUGAAAAGUAACUUCAGUGGUGACUUGACUGUGCCAGUGUCACUCAUGUGGGAAGACUGCAGCUGUGUUCCUUGUGGUGGCUGCUCUUGGCUUCUCAAUCUCUGCUAAGGUGUCCCUGGGCCGCCACAUGCUUUCAGUGCCUGCUUCUGCCCAGAGCAGACAUGCCCUGGCCACUGUUUGCAUGCUACGGUGGUGCUGCUGGGGCAGGAACGCCUCCCUGCCAUGGUCUCAACCAUGGUGUAAUCCCCUCCUUGGAAAGGGCAGUGCAGCGCCCCAGUAGAAAACAUCGCACAUGCAGUCCCAAGCUUGGAGCUAGUGUUGGGGGGGGCAGGAGCUGGCCCUCAGGUGGGGGGGCUUUUGUCCUGUUGGCCUUUUGUUGGGAGUCUGUGCAGCAAAGCGGGACUGUGCUGCUUUCUCACUAGCUCUCUUGUGCCUCCCUGCUGGAACUGCUCUUACUUCUGUGGAUGUGCUUGGUUCUGCACAGUGCCAGGCUCUGCUUUCCCGGUCCAAGGGGUGGCUGUCUGCUCCCAGUGUCUCCCUAUGCCCAGCUGGGGCAGGUGUGGGUACAGGCAGGGGCAAGGGGAUGCUGAAACUUGUCAAAAUGCUGCUUGGGAGGAAAUAAACAUGUAGCAGAGA